CCGAACUGCCUUUUCUAAAGGAUCUUUCGUCAAACAUCUUAAGCCAACCCCCUCCUAGUGCUUUUUGGCAACUUGUGAAGAUGAUGGAGCAGCAUAAAGGCGACGCGAAAGAAUGCAAGAAGAAGGGCGUUGUAAAGGAGGUGCUGGGCUCAGGAGACAUUUUUGUGAUUAAAGUUGGCACAUCUUCGCUGGUUCGCCCGGAGCAGCAGACGCUCAACCUGACCAACCUAGCCCGCAUCUGCGAAACUAUUAAAGCGCUAAAAAAGAUGGGCCACCACGUGGUGAUUGUGACCAGUGGUGCGGUGGGCGUGGGCUGCCAGCGCCUGGGCCUGGCGACCAAGCCCUCGCAGCUCGCUAAAAAGCAGGCGCUGGCGGCGGUGGGGCAGGUCCACCUCAUGAAGUUCUAUGAGGACUUCUUGGCGGCCCUGGGGCUGACGUGCGCCCAGGUGCUCCUGACCCUGGACAACCUGGCGAACCGCUCCCAGUACCUCAACGCGCGCAACACCUUUACGGAGCUGCUCGCGUACGGCGUCAUCCCCGUGGUCAAUGAGAAUGACACGGUGGCGGUUCAGGAGCUGCGCUUCGGCGACAACGACACGCUGUCUGCGCAGGUGGCGGCGCUGGUGCAGGCGGACUGGCUGUUCCUGCUCACAGACGUGGACUGCCUCUACACGGCCAAUCCCAAGGACGAUCCCAACGCCACGCCCAUCUACGAGGUGGAGGACAUCUCGCGCCUUACCGCCGACACCAGCACGCGCGGCACGCAGUGGGGCACGGGCGGCAUGGCCACCAAGCUCACCGCCGGCCGCAUCGCCACGGCGGCGGGCUGCACCAUGGUCAUCUGCAACAGCACCGCGCCAGAGAACAUCGUACGGAUAGUCAAGGGCGAGCCCAAGCUGGGCACCAAGUUCUUCCCGCUGCCUCACAGCCUCAAGGGCCGCAAGCGCUGGAUCCUGUCCGUGCCGGUGCGCGGGCAGCUGUGGCUGGACGCGGGCGCGGUGCGGGCGGUGCGCGACAAGCACAAGUCGCUGUUCGCAGCGGGCAUCACCAAGGUCACAGGCGACUUCCAUGCGCAAGACUGCGUGUCGCUGUGUGACAGCAGCGGUGUGGAGCUGGGCCGCGGCCUGGUCAACUUCAGCACGGAGGAGGUGGCGGCGGUGCACGGGCACGGGCACGCGCACGGGCAGGGGCACAAGGAGGGCGGCGGCCACCACCACGCCACGCACCCGGUGGCGGAGCAGCUGGGCUUCCCCACCAUGGAGGAGGUGGUGCACCGGGAAAACCUGGUGCUGCUGUCGAGCGAGAUGGACAGCGACGAGGACCUCACGGGCGCCUCCGCCUCCGCCUCCGCAACCCCCAGCGGCGCCAACUCGGUCGCCAACGGCAGCAGCGCGGCACUGGAUGUGCAGGCAGCCAACGCGGCGGCCGCGGAGGCAGCUGGGCAGAAGCUGUCCAGCUUGUCCGUUGCGUCGUCUUAGUGGGUGGGGGCAUGUGAGGGCAGCUAGGGUUUCUGUGUGUGGCGUGUGGGUAGUGGGCGGCGGGGUGGUGCGCGGCAGGCUUGGAGCCGGCCCUGUGGGAGGAGCUGUGUGGGGUUGGUGUGUUCGCUGGGGAUAAGGUUCCAUACGAAAUGGGGCUGGAUGACUGCUGAAUGGGUUGCUUAAAGCGCUGCUGCGGCGCCUUCUGGAUUGCGGUUGCAUGCGGGUGUGUGCCUGCCUUGACUCGUAACUGUGACCGACCUGAAUCACGUGGUUUCUAGAUUAGCUCAUGAGAUUAGCCUCAGCCCAUACUACCCAUAUAGACGCGGCUCAGACCGUGGCCCAGACAGGGCGGCCACCUUUGGGGCGUGACAUGGGCGUGCUGCUGCCGUGUGGUAUACCAUGUGUGCAUAUGCGGGCUAGCACAUGAAGUUGCUGCACUGAGACGUGGUGAGCCCUGUUGCGUGCGUAGCGGCAUUGUGAUAAGCUGUCAUGGGUUGACGCAAAUUUGCAAGGCGAACUAGCUAGUUUGCGGUGCGGGUGAGUGGGAGUUGAGGCGUCACGAGGCGUCGAAUUCGGGGUUGCCGGUACCGAUGCAUGCGUGCUGAAGACACAAUCUUGCUGAUGAGCCUGCCGAGGAAGA